CUCUCUUUAUUCCCCCUUCUUAAUAUUCUUCCCUCUGACCCUUUCCCCCUGUUAAUUCUUCAAAUUCCUCCUUUCCCUUCUUAUUUCAAUUCAUUCUUCCCAAAUUUAUCUCUCUCAUCAAUCCUCAAAACAGAUUUCUCGUGCGGAUCAAUCGAUCAAAUCAUCCGGAUCUGCUGUUAACAGAAUUAACAGAUCCAGACAUCGUACGAAGGAGAAGUAUGGCGGAGGAGCAUGGAUGUCAAGCACCGGAAGGACACCGUCUUUGCGCCAACAAUUGCGGUUUCUUCGGUAGUCCAGCGACGAUGAACCUGUGCUCCAAAUGCUACGGAGAUUUCUGUCUCAAAGAACAACAGCAAGCUUCAAUCAAAUCCUCCCUCUCCUCUCCUUCAUCGUCCUCAACGUCAACCGAAUCCGCGUGUCAUCCUCCGUCGUUGACUCUACCCGACGUCAAGGUAGAUUCACCGGUUCCUGUCGAGGGAACCGCAGCGGCAGUUGCAGAACAACCGCGCCAUCAGCCGAACCGGUGCAUGGUAUGCCGAAAGCGGGUCGGGUUGACCGGGUUCAAGUGCAGAUGCGGAACCACGUUCUGCGGGACGCACAGGUACCCGGAGCAGCACGGGUGCACGUUCGACUUCAAAAAGGUCGGAAGAGACGAGAUCGCCAGAGCCAAUCCGUUGGUCAAAGCCGAGAAGCUUGAGAAGAUUUGAUGUGGAGCGUUGAACUGUUGACUUCCGGUGACAGUGAAAAAAAAUGUCAAAUCCUAAAAAAUCGACGACGUAUGUGUGUGAGGAGCACCAUCAUUUGAUCACAACCGUCCUCCCCCGUGGGAAAGGAAAACGUAAUUCCGCGAAUCAACAGGCUUGCUAGAAUAUUCUCCUCUUUUUUUUUUUCCUUUUUUUUAAAAUUAUGUAGCCUUUGGUUUGUAUAAAAAGGGACUUUGAUUUUAUCUGCUUGCUGGGUGGGAAAAAAAAGUGGAGUCCAAUUGCGUGUAGAUUCUUCCUAUUUGGUUAUUGCGGGGUGGUUUGAAGGUUUCUAAAUUAUUAUCUUUGAGGGCAAUAGUUGGACGCCAUUAAGCUUUGUGUAACAUUUUCGCAAGAAGUCUUCGUCUUU